UCAGUGCACAGCCCAGCCUCUCCUACUCCAGCUGAACUCCACCAUUGAGGUGUGCUGCCGUGCGUCUUGUCCUCUGAGUGAUAGAGAUGCCUCCAAAGACAGUUACAAGAGCUUUGCUCAACAUGCUGGAGGACCUAAAUGACACACAGUUAAAUUAUUUCAUCUCUGCCAUCUUGGACCGCAGGGAAGAGCCGCGGGUCAGAAGGGCAUUUCUGGUAGGCAAAACUUGUCAAGAAAUCGCAGAUGUCCUGGUUUCGACUUAUACCGAGUCCGGAGCUAAAGACGUGGCGCUGGAGACGUUGGGGGUGAUUAACUGCAACGCGCAAAGACAGAGCUUCGCCAAGGACACAGAACUGCUGACAUCUGUUUCCAAUUAUGGCGACAUCAUGAUUGUGGAAACUACUGGUGCUUCNNGGCAAACAGCUCAGCAGGACAAGCUGGGAUACUCAGGUGUGAAUGCAUCACACACCAUGGCAAGUACUGAUACAGGCAGAAUGCAAAGGUACAGAUCUAAAAUCAACACGGUGGGAGGUAUAUAUGGAAUCGAUCCAGCUCUCAUUGCUGCCAUCAUCUCCAGAGAAUCCAGGGCUGGAAAUACACUAGAUAAUGGCUGGGGAGACUUUCACAACGCCUGGGGACUGAUGCAGGUCGAUGUCAAUCCAAAUGGAGGUGGACACAUUGCACGGGGCGCGUGGGACAGCGAGGAACAUCUCUGCCAAGCCACUGAGAUCUUGGUUUAUUUUAUCGGCCGCAUCCGCCACAAAUUCCCGCACUGGAGCACGGAGCAGCAGCUGAAAGGAGGGAUAGCCGCCUACAACAUGGGGGAUGGAAGCAUUGAUUCCUAUGAUAACGUGGAUGGCUGCACAACAGGUGGAGACUACUCCAAUGAUGUUGUUGCCAGAGCUCAGUGGUACAGAAACUAUGGAGGCUUUUAAACCCCUAAGAAUCCACAACAGAAAUCUUUGAAAAAGCAUAUAGGAAAACUUUUUAAUGUGUGCUAUGCCAAUACACAUACAUACAAUAAUAUAAUAUACUAAAGAAACACAAUUUAAAGUAAAAACCACAAAGAGCCUUUUUAUUUAUUGGGCUCAUUGUAAACUCUGGCUGGGACCAUUUACAGAAAUGUAAGGAGGAAAGUCAUUUUCACUGUAGUCUAAUGCACCCAACUGCAUUGCUUUUGAGGCAGCUUCUUUAUUAAAUAAUUUACUCAAUA